GUCAGACUAGCAGACAGACACACCAGUAGAAACCACCUGAUCCUCACAAGCUGCUCCUUCAGUCAAGAUGUUCCUGUGCUGCUGGCUGGCCCUGGUGGCUUUCAUCCCUGCGACCUCAAGCAUCAAUCCUGGAGUAAAGGUCAAACUAACAGAAAAAGGACUUGAAUAUGGCAGGCAACUGGGGAUGCUCUCCAUCGGGCAGAAGCUCAAAACCGUCAAAGUCCCAGAUGUUUCAGGGAAAAAGAGAGUGUCUCCUAUUGGCAAAGUCCGGUACAGCUUGUCAAAUAUGCAAAUAGUGAAUGUGGCGUUACCUAAGUCUGCAGUGGAACUAGUGGCAGGGACUGGUAUCAAACUGUCGAUUGCUAAUGCCUACAUCAGUCUGCGUGGAAACUGGAGGGUCAAGUACCUCAGAAUAAUAAAGGACAGCGGAAGUUUUGAUUUGAACGUGAAUGGAGUCUCCAUCACUACAAGCAUUGCCAUGAAGAGUGAUGAGUCGGGCCGACCUGUGGUCAGCAGCGUCAACUGUGCGGCUAGUGUCAGCAGUGCGAAAGUCAAAUUCCACGGUGGAGCCAGCUGGCUGUACAAUCUCUUCAGAAGUUUCGCUUCUAAGGCCAUACGCAGUCAAAUUCAAAAACAGAUGUGCCCUCUGGUGGCUGAUGCAGUGAAUGAUAUGAACCCUCAACUGAAAACUCUCAAUGUUGUAGCCAAGGUGGACAAGUAUGCAGAGAUUGAAUACUCCAUGGUGGCAUCGCCCACCAUUUCAAAAUCUUCUAUUGACUUGAGCUUAAAGGGUGAAUUUUACAACAUUGGGAAGCAUCAGGAGCCUCCGUUCACCCCCGCAGUCUUCGCUCUGCCACCCCAGACCACCAACAUGUUGUACAUCGGAGUGUCUGCCUUCACCACCAACUCUGCAGGCUUUGUCUACAACAAAGCUGGAGCCCUCAGCCUGUACAUUACUGAUGACAUGAUCCCACGAAGCUCUCCCAUCCGACUCAACACCAGAACCUUCGGAGCCUUAAUCCCACAGAUCGCCAAAAGCUUCCCAGGUCUGAUGAUGAAAAUGCUGGUGAAGACGGUGAAAAAUCCCGCUGUCACUUUCCAAGCCAACAACAUGACUGUUCAAGCCACUGGUACCGUGACGGCCUACGCUAUCCAACCCAAUGCCACACUUUCCCCACUCUUUGUCCUAAACUUGGACACCAGUGUCAGUGCCCGAGUGUUUGUCAGUGGAGUGAGGAUUGCUGGAGCUGUUUCCCUCAACAAGAUGGGUCUGACCCUGGGCACCAGUUAUGUGGGAGAUUUUCAGGUCAGAUCCCUUGACAGCAUCCUGCAAAUGGUCUUGAAAGUGGUGGUGAUCCCCAGACUGAAUGUUCAACUCGCAAAGGGAUACCCUCUUCCCUCACUUGGAAAGAUGAAGCUUGUGAACACUCAGCUUCAGGUCCUGAAGGACUACAUGCUGAUUGGGACAGAUGUUCAGUUUGCCGGUUGAACUCCCAGAAUUCAUUUCAACACUGGAGGCAAGGAGGCAAAACCACAGCAAAAGCACAACCAGUUAUUAUUUGAAA